CAGAACCUAGAAGAUGAUAUAAGUCCUGCCUAGGGAGCAGGGGUGGGUUCAUGUAAAGAACCUGGAGCACACUGGAUGGUAGCUCCUGCAACUGAACUAGAGUGAGCACAAACACUGGACACGGAAUUCUCCGUGAUUUUUUUUAUCAGAAUCAUGGGUCAGAUAUUUUCUGAUACAUCUAACAAUGAAGACAAUGGAGAUUUGGUGUCCAGUGCCACUAAAUAUUUUAUGAACAUUAAGGCAGAAAACAAAAUCAUUUCUCAGAAGACUAUCCAUUUAAUAGAAUUUCAUCUGAAAAAAGGAAACAUUCAAGGGGCAAACUCUGUAAUCAAUGAUGCUUUAAAAAAUAUUGAUAAGGCCCCAAUAAACAUUGCUGUGACAGGAGAGUCUGGAGGAGGGAAGUCUAGCCUCAUCAAUGCCCUGAGGGGGGUGGGACCUGAAGACCAAGAUGCAGCUGAAGAAGGGGUAACCGAGACAACUAUGAUGAGAACUCCAUACAAGCACCCCAAAAUUGAAACGUUGACUUUAUGGGACCUGCCUGGCAUUGGAACUAUGAACUUUCUACCAAAAGAUUAUCUGGAGAAAGUCCAAAUCCAAGAGUAUGAUUUCUUUAUUAUUGUUUCUGCCACACGAUUUACAAAACUUGAACUAGACCUUGCCAAAGCAAUCAUAUUCAUGAAAAAGAAUUACUACUUUGUAAGAACCAAGGUCGACAUAGAUUUACAAAAUGAAAAAAAAUCCAAACCACGCACCUUUGAAAGAGAAAAGACCCUGCAGCAGAUCAGAAGCUACUGUGUGAACACCUUCAGUCAGAAUAACAUGGAUGAACCACACAUUUUCUUGAUUUCAAACAGACAUUUAUUUGACUAUGAUUUUCCAGUCCUGAUGAACACUCUGAUAAAGGAUCUUCCUAAUCAAAAGCGCCACAAUUUAAUGCUUUCCUUGCCUAAUAUCACAGAGGCAGCCAUUGACAGAAAGCACAAGUCUAUGCAGCAGUAUAUUUGGAUGGAAGCCUUCAAGGCUGGAAUUUUGGCUACUGUUCCUGUAGUGGGCAUAAUCAGGGAUGAUGUGGAAAAGCUGAAGGUGAAGUUAAACCACUAUCGAGUCCUCUUUGGAGUGGAUGAUGAAUCCCUGGAAGUCAUGGCUGAGGAUUCUCAAAUGCCUGUUGAACAAUUGAGAAAAAUCCUUAAAUCACCUUAUUUGUUAGAAACUAAGAAAGAAGAAACAUUCGGAGAAUCGUUUUUAAAAUAUUUGGAGAAAUUUGCCUCAGCUAAUGGUGGACUCCUUGCUACAGGUCUUUACUUUAGAAAAACCUUUUACUUACAAUUUCUUUUCCUUGACACAGUGACUGAAGAUGCCAAAGUUCUCCUACGUGUGACAUACUCAAAAAACUAGUUCAAAUUGUAGAGAGCUGCGUAGUGCCGCGCCUUAAAGAUGGCGCUGGCUUCCGCCUUCUACCUCCCCGAUGGUGAGUGCUCUCAGUCACAAACAACUCCAUAUAUGGCUAAAGCUAAGGAUCUGGCUUGCUUCCGAGUAUCUGGACCUAUCUACAUUUCCCACAUAGCAUGCUAGGGUUGGCUACCCAGAGGCUAUUUAAGCUGUGGGCUGGCUUUCCCCCGGGGUCAGAAGAUUGUUCAAGGUUCCUGAAUAAACUGCUGAAAGAAGAGUCAAGUGUUGCAUCUUCCUUGCUGGUCGAGGCGGUCGUGACAUCAAACUCAACUCAAUCACAGUUACUGUCCGUGACAAGAUCAAAUGGUUAAUGCCAGGGAGUCAUUGGAUAAAUUCCCUAUAUGAUAUCUUUUAUUUACACUAACCAAUCCUCUACCAUCAAGGGAAACCUAAGGGUAAGGGCCAUGUGCAUUAAUAUGUUUGAACCUGACAAUCCCCAGCUUGAACUCUGUACCUUCCUCUUGGUCUUUCAACUCCACAUGCACACUUGAAUAUGCACCCACAGCACAUACACACAUAUAUAAAUACAUGCAUGCCCCCACACAGUGCAUAAAACAAUUGCCAUGACAUGCAGACAGAAGGAACAGAGAUCAAUUUACACAACCUGAAUAAAUGUUGAGUGAGUGUGACAGCUACCUUGUACUCCAAACUCAGAAGGCAGAAACAGUGAAACCAUAGAGCAAGCUAGAUCAUCUAAAUCUGCAAGCUCAAGGUUCAGUUGACAGACCCUGCCUUGGAAAACAACAGAAAGCAAUUGAAGAUAAGGCCUAACAUAAGCCUGACAUUGCCACACACAUGUGAACAUCCAUACAUACCAUACAGAGAGACACAUUUUAAAUAUGAAAUAAAAUAAGACUCAGGAAGUAAAAAAAAGUCUUAGAAAGUACUGUUGAGAAAUAUUAUUUUAAGAUUUGUU